UGGUAACGGGUGUUUUCCUCUUUUUUCGAGAAGAAGGGUCCCAGGGGUAGAAUUGCCCAAUGCAGGUGGUAAAUCAGACCUUGGUGACAGAGUUUAUCCUUCGAGGCUUUCCUGGAUCCCCAGUGCUGCAGACUUCUCUCUUCACAGUGGUUUUCUUCAUGUAUGUACUCACUAUCACUGGCAACAUCCUCAUCAUUGUCAUCAUCCUCCGGGAUGGCCAUCUGCAUACCCCCAUGUAUUACUUCCUGGGAAACCUCUCCUUCCUGGAGAUCUGGUACAUCACCACCCUGGCACCAAAGAUGCUGGCUAACUUCCUGGUCCAGAAAAGGUCCAUCUGCCUCCGAUGCUGCUUGACACAAGCCUUUUUCCACUUUUUCCUGGGUGCCACUGAGUUUUUUCUGCUAGCUGCCAUGUCCUUUGACCGGUACCUGGCCAUCUGUGACCCGUUGCAUUACACUGCCAUCAUGAGCAGUGGGCUCUGCUGCCGCUUAGCCCUGGGGUCCUGGCUGGGGGGCUUUUUGACAGUCUUUGUGCAGACCAUCCUGGUAUGUCAGCUCCCUUUCUGCGGCCCAAACCUCAUCAAUCAUUUUUACUGUGAUGUGGGACCCUUGCUGACUCUGGCAUGUGCUGAUACCCGCCUGAUUGAGCGGAUUGUGUUUGUGGUUGCCACCUUGGUCCUGCUGAGCUCCUUCACCUUCACUCUGAUAUCAUAUGUCUUCAUCAUCUCCACCAUCCUGAGGAUCCCAUCCACUCAGGGACGGCAGCGGGCCUUUUCCACCUGUACGUCCCACCUUACCGUAGUCUCCAUCCUGUAUGGGACCGUCAUCUUCAUGUACGUAAGGCCCAAAGUGGACUCCUCCUUGGAGCUGAACAAAGUGGUGUCUGUGUUGAACACAGUCAUAACUCCCCUCCUCAACCCUUUCAUCUACACACUGAGGAACAAAGAUGUCAAACAGGCCUUGAAAAAAGAGCUGUGUGCAAAGAAGUACUCAGUUACAGUAUUGAAAAGAGCCAGUUCCCACCUGCUGUGAAGUGCUACUGCUGUAGUGAAGCCAAGGAACCAGAUCUCCAACUGGGUGUAGGCUAGCAUGGUUCCUCUGGAAUCAAAGGGGCUGAUCCCCCAUGGCUGACAAUAAGCAUGGGUGCAUGACAUAUAUUUGGGUUAUGUCUAUAUUUUAAAUCUUUAAAACCAACAGAAUAGUAAGGAUUUGCCCCCAUGAUGAUUUGCAUCAGAAGAGGCAGCUGAAGGGUUUGUUUUUUUUAUAGAAGUGAGGUAUCUAAGGUCAGAUUCUACCCCACCUUAUUAGCUAAAUAGACAUCGAUUCACAAAUGUGAAUUGCUCCACUCUGCUCAAGUCCCUGCAAACCAGUUAAUGCAAAAGGGGAGCAAGUCCUCAUCCUCGCUGCUGCUUUUGGGACUUGCACAGAUGACUGGAUGUUACAAAAGUAGAUGCACUAACAUUUUCAGGACUUGGACAGAAGAUUCACACUUAGGAAAAGUCUACUUAGAAGCCUAAUAAGUGCAAUAGAGUCUGGCCCCUCUGUCUUAUUGGACAUGCAUGUAUACCAGGAGUAAUUCUUUUAUAGUCUUGUGGGCUGAUUUUCUUUCCAUGAAUACUGACGUGAAAUGGGAGCAAUUCUGUUUUUGUUUACACACCCAAUCCUACUCUCCUUCAUGCUGAUGACAAUGAAGAUUAGGUCCAUUAGAAUCAGCUUCAGGCAGCACCUUGCAGGGGGAAUCCAAAGUUGGUCUACCAGAGUCUAAGUACCGUGUUCACUCAGUUGCAUGGUAUAAAAUUUGACUUUAGUCUGAUUUGCACUGCUGAAUUUGUGCUGGAAUGGAAAUUGAGCAACAGUAAUGCUGCAGGCCAGUAUUACAAUGAUGUGGAGAUGAGAGUGUGGUCCUGCAGGCUCUGCAAAGCCCUGGAGAUCGUUGAGACUCAAUAUUUGCCAUCAGUAACUUUGUAAAUAAAUAUCGGACCCCAGAUGUGUUUUCUUGCUUCCCCUCACCAGUCAAAUGCAAUAGGAUCAGAGCUUUCUGCUGCUUUAAACUUAUCAGGGCUCCAACAAUUUGCAAUGAUUCAAAACAAUCCUCACCAGGCAAGGAUUUGGAGAUGGAUACUAUUCUGGAAUUUGUUUAACAAAAGUUUGACUUGUAAGAGUGAGCGUUGCAUGAUAUCUCAAGGGACAGCCAGGAGGUUAGGUUCUUAGCUCCUACUGACAUUGGCAUUGCUAAGAUGCUUUAAAAAAUCUUAUUUCCAAUGCAACCUAGGAAAAACUAUACUGACCUAAUAUUUUAACAUGUCACCGUACAUGUCUGCUUUAUUGGGGUAUGCAUUUUCUAAAGGUAUUUUCAUUGCUUGGUUCAAAUGCUUCAUAAUUUUUUAUCGUCAAAUAUAUUUUGUAAAAAAUCCUAUGAUAAGCAAUUGUGUGUCUAUUUUCAAUAUUUAAAAAUGCAUUUACCUAAAAAGGAGGUGAGAGUGGGGGCAUGGGAAAUAGACCUCAGUGUUUCAAUAGACUCCAUAUAGCAUAAUCUUCAUACUGGGACCCAGGUUGUGUCAUUUUCUUUAGUCACUUUUCUUGGUGGUUGAGAAGCAAAUAUCUAAAUAGAUCUCUGUAAUAAGAAGUGACCUCUCCAAGCCGUGGCUAUGUCACUGGAAAAUGAAGUGAGACGGUGAAGUUAUCUGGACUAGAGGAAAUAAAUGUCGUCUUCCAAUCUGACCAGUUACCUUUAAAGAACUUGUAAAGUGUUUGGUGGGUUUCUUUUUUUUAAUAUAUAAAAGAAACCCUGUUAUUAAAAAAACAAAAUGGGUUUGGUGUUUUCAAAGGAAUGGUGGUAUUUUUUUUUUUAAAAGACAUUAAUUUCUCCUUGAAAUUGUUCCAUACAUGUCAGCCUGUCUCUGUGUUUGUACACGUGUGUACACACGCACACACCACCCUCUAUCCUAUGCCUGUCUCCA